AAUAUUCUUAAAAUGUAUGGAGUAUCACAAAAUCCAAAUACAAAAGAUUAUAUCAUAGUGCUUGAAUAUGCAGAAGGUGGAGAUUUUAAGGGUUACUUGGAUAAAAAUUAUGAAAAAUUUGAUUUGGUUAAUCAAAUAAAAAUAUUAGCUAUUAUUAUUGGAGGGCUUAACGAAAUUCAUCAGAAAUGGAUGGUUCAUCGUGAUCUUCAUAUAGGAAAUAUAUUACUUACAAAAAUACAAGACCAAGAUUUUUUAUUUAAUAGUUAUAAUUGUUAUAAUUAUAAUGCAUGUAUUUCUGAUAUGGGAUUAUGUAAAAAACUUGGAGAAACUGAUGAGACAAAUAUUUACGGAGUUAUGCCUCAUGUUGCUCCCGAAGUAUUAAGAGGAAAGCCUUAUACUCGAGCAGCUGAUAUAUAUAGCUUUGGUAUGAUUAUGUAUUUUGUAGCAACUGGAAAGCAACCCUUUGCUGAUUGUGCUCAUGAUGAGAUACUAGCAAUUAGUAUAUAUAAAGGGGAUAGACCUGAAAUAAAUGAGAAAAUUGUACCAAAAUUUUAUAUUGAUUUAAUGAAAAGAUGUUGGGACAUGAAUCCAGACAAUAGACCAACUUCUGUUGAAGUAAAAGAA